UUGUCUUUUAUGACACAAUACGAGACAUUUUCAAAUCUGCGUAAAGAAAGAUUCGUAUAUUAAAUAAUAAUGGCGAUAGACUUUCGAAGAGAAUGGGUGAAAAAAAAGUUCACCAAAUUUUUCGGACUGAAUUCGAAUAAAUAUUUCGAAGAGAUGAUAGAGAAUUCCGAUGAUUUGGAUGACAAACUAUCUUCUUAUUUGGAAGAUGAUUAUUUGACACCGGAAGAAAAUAAAGUAUUUUUUUAUGUCUAUAAAACUUCACACGAAAAACUUGUUGAGGAGGAAAUUAUGGUCGCUGAAAAAGUUAAGAAGGCACCUCCAAUAGAGGAACCGAAAGUAGAAGAAAUUUCAUCUGGGCCAAAAAAGAAAGGUAAAGACAAAAAAGGAGGCCAUAAAAAACACCAGAAAAAAACAGAAGAGGCCGUGUCCCCAACUUCAGACGGUAAUAUUACAUAAGCAUUAACGGUGUUAAAAAUUGAAUAUCUACUGGUGAAAACAGUGACCACUUGAAAACAUUUCUAACAACCGAUGUUACUGAA